UGUGAGGGGUGUGCGUCCUUCCGCGGCGCUGUGGCUCCGGCUCCACUGACAGCUCUAAACGGCGUCGGUCCUCGGUCCUCAAGCUGGAGGCUGAACCGGGGCUCUACCGUCUCGCACCCAGCGGAGAGCUGGUAUAUUCCAGGCAGCCCCCUCUGAAAUCAUGGCCACUGAAACGGCUUCUUCUUGCACUGGAUCCAGUUUGCUGCAGCCGAUCAGUGAGAUAAUUAAUCUCCCCCUAGACCAGGUGAACUUUGUGGUCUGCCAGCUGUUCGCUCUGCUUACAGCCCUCUGGUUCCGGCUGUAUCUCCACCCCAGUAAAACCAGUACCUUCGUCCGUCAUGUGGUGGCGACCCUCCUGGGCUUCUAUCUGGCAUUGUUCUGCUUUGGCUGGUAUGCGUUGCACUUCCUGGUCCAGAGUGGGCUCACGUACAGCAUCAUGAUCUUCGCUGGAGUGGAACAUAUGCAUAAGUACUGCUUCGUGGUGGCCCUGGGGUACCUCACCUUUUGCCAGAUCACGCGGGUCUACGUCUUCGACUAUGGCAUGUACUCGGCCGACUUCACUGGGCCCAUGAUGGUCAUCACACAGAAGAUCACCAGCCUGGCGUUUGAGAUCCAUGACGGGAUGGCCCGCAAAGAGGAGCUGCUCACCUCCAGCCAGAAAUGCCUAGCUGUAAGGAGGAUGCCGAGUCUGCUGGAGUACCUGAGCUACAACUGCAACUUCAUGGGCAUCCUGGCGGGACCCACGUGCUCCUACAACGACUACAUCGCCUUCAUCGAGGGCACCGCCUACCGGCUGAAGCACCUCGAGUCCAACGGCAAGGAGAACGGGAAGUGCAAGCAGUUGGACCCCUCGCCCAAGAAGGACGUGAUCCACAAGCUGUGCACGUGUGCCGUCUCUCUGCUCGUCUACCUGUCCGUGUUCAGGACGUGCCCCGUGGAGCGCAGCAUCGAGGACGGCUUCAUCGCCACCACGCCCUUCCACCUGCAGGUAGCCUACCUGUAUCUGUCCAUGCUGGCCACUAGACCAAAGUACUACUUCGUCUGGACUCUGGCUGAUGCCAUCAACAAUGCCGCCGGCUUCGGUUUUAAUGGAUACAACAAAGACGGGACACCUAGAUGGGACUUGAUUUCAAACCUGAGAAUUCUGGACAUAGAGUUUGCCACCAGCUUUAAGAUGUUCCUGGACAACUGGAACAUCCAGACGGCGCUUUGGCUCAAGAGGGUUUGCUACGAGCGCUGCCCCUACAACCCCACGGCGGCCACCUUCCUGCUGUCGGCCAUAUGGCACGGUGUCUACCCAGGGUACUACCUGACCUUCUUCACCGGAAUCCUGAUGACCAUGGCGGCACGAGCGAUCAGACACAACGUGAGGCCGCACUUCCUGGGCUCGGCCGCGCUCGAGCUGCUCUACGACGUGGUCACGUGGGCCGGGACGCAGAUCGCCAUCUGCUACACCGUGGUGCCAUUUGUCCUGCUGGCCGUUGGUCCUUCGCUGAAGUUCUACAGAUCGUGGUAUUUCUGCAUCCACAUCGUUUGCGUCCUGCUCAUGGUCUUCCUACCCGUGAAGCCCAGGCACCUGAGGGCGAAAGAGGUGUCCAGCGACCCAGCUGCCCUGCAGGCCCCCAGCAGCCCCCCUGACACGGAAAGCAACUGCAGUCAGAAACGGAAAGCCUCGUGAGGCCCUCCCGGGGGGGGGGGCGGGCAGCCAGGAUUCGGGGGCCGGGAGCCUUCCGACUGGUGCGCGAACCACUCGGACCCUGGGACGCGAAUGCGAAGGGUUCUCCUCCUUUCUAAACAGAGAAAUGUAACGCGGACGAGCAAACAAAACAAACAAACCAACACGGACCUUCCAGUAGCGGCGGCGGGAGCGACGAGUGUGCUGCGUUUACGCCGACAGGGCGGACCUCACGCGGUACCGGGACGCCACGAAUCAAGAUGGCGUGAAUUUAACAAGUAAUAAUAACACUAAACUAUAAAAGGGAAGUGUGUGACCCAAAUGUCAGUUUGCUAAAGAUCGCCAAGUGACUUUUCCUUUGUUUAAAGUGUAAAAGGUUGCCUUAAACCCUCUAUCUACGUGGACUUGGGUUCUUGGAGAGAUGGUAAGGUGAGCACGGGCAGUGUGCUCAUUCAAUGGCGAAAAUCUCAGAGUUCCCCAUCGUCCAAGAGCACUUUGCUUCUCAGAGUUGUGUGUGGGUAUGAGAAGGGAUGGGUCAUAGUAGUGCUGGGUGGAGCAAUGUGAGGUUGGGUGGAGCCUGGUGGAGCUGGGGG